AUGACUGCUGUGGCAUCUCCACCUAGUGUGCAAUCGGGGUCUCGCUUGGGAUGGUAUAGCACUGGCAACGGAGGACAAGGAGCUCUGUCUUCGGUGAAUGCAGAUGAAGUAUCCCGGAUGCUCAUGCCACGGAAACACGUUCAGCGCUCAAACUCUUCCUCCUCGCUUGUGUCAAACUCCUCGACCUCCUCUACUUCUACGGCCACUGUGACCAACAUUUCGCAAGAUACCCAUGCUGGACAGAGUUCAAGCUCCGAAGCGAACACCUGGUCUAAAAAGAAGGCUACCAGAAACCCUUGGCCAAGUUCUAAGGCUGAGCCAGUCGCUGGAGUAACAAACACACGAUCCCAAGCCGUUCCUGCAUUCUUAUCGGGGCCUACUGCCUCAUCGACCAUGUCCGCCAUGCAUCAACCUUCGAAUAUAGUGCCAUCACAGCAUAUGGUCCAGUCAUCUCAGCAAAAUGGUGUCCGGCAAAUCAACGGACAAUCUGCGGAACCACCCGCUAUUCUUGCCCUUACGCCUAUAAAUGGCACUUUUGAGAAGAAACAAAUCAAUGUACCUUUCUAUCCUGAAGUCCUACGCAUUGGUCGCCAGACAAACGCAAAGACCGUGCCUACCCCUGUGAAUGGGUUUUUCGAUUCCAAAGUUCUAUCUCGCCAGCAUGCUGAAGUUUGGGCUGAUAAGAGUGGGAAGAUUUGGAUUCGCGAUGUCAAAUCAUCGAAUGGUACCUUUGUUAAUGGCUCAAGACUUUCGGCUGAGAAUCGCGAAUCCGAACCCCAUGAACUCCGAGAAAACGAUACCUUAGAGCUGGGAAUCGAUAUCGUCAGCGAGGAUCAAAACACCAUUGUGCAUCACAAGGUGUCUGCUAAGGUUGAGCAUGCUGGUCUCUAUGGAACUACCCCUAAUAUCCUUGACCUCAAUUUUGGGGACCUAGACCCUGCAUCUGGUGGGGGUCUUCUCCCUUCACCUCUCAGCCAACCGCUCUCCCAUUUGCGAGCCCGAUCUGGUAGUAAUAUCAGUAACCGCAGCAUCCAAAGCAAUGCCAGCAAUCAUCUCAACGCGAUGCAGCAGCAAAGACAGAUGAACUACUGGAACUCUCCGAUCUCCGUUGAACAAGUUGUUAAGAGACUUACUGGCGAGCUGAAACAGGCCAAACAGCAGUCUCAGGACCUUCGACAAACCGAUGAUUUCCUGACAGCUAUCAUGAAGCCUGGCUAUGCCGAGAAGGAGAAGGCCCUGAAGCCGUCUCCUUUAGAGAGCAGUGGUGGCCCCCGACAACUCAACGGUCGACCAAAGAUGCCUCGGCCGUUGCCAGAAAAGCCGGAUGCCUUUUCUCCCCUGAAGCGUAGCGAUACAGAUAAGCCAAAGUCGGCUACGACAAGUUCUCCGGUCUCGCGCGACUCAAGUCAGAUUCUUUCUCUCAUCGAGGCGCUUUCAAUGGCUAAGCGAGACCUUGAAACCCAAGGGACUCGCGUCAAAGAGCUAGAGGAUCUCCUUCGUCAAGAGAAAGCCGCGCGUGAGUCUGCGGAAGAGAAGGUCAAGAUAUUGGAAUUGCGUCCCUCGCCUGAUGACCAGCAAACCAAGGCCGAGAACGCUCUGGAGAAGUCAUUGGAGCAUGAGCCUGAAUCUACAGAGAAGCAUGACGAAAUGGAGGAUCCUAAUCAACAAAAUGGAUCUAUUCUGUCAUCCGAGGUCUCUUCAGCUCCCGAAGCUGAUAAUGCAGAGCCUUCCGCAGAGGUGCACACGGCACAGCUUCAACUUCGUCUUGAGUCCAUGAUGGAGGAGAUGAAAGACAUGAAGAAGCAAAUGGCUUCAUUUAAAGAGCGGGCCGAGAAAGCUGAAGAGGAGAAUGUUGAAUCUCGGAAGUCCCUGGCAGAGAUGAUCGAGGCUCUUCGUCGGGAACGAGCCGAGAAGGCUUCGGCUGCCGUUUCUGAUCAUCAGCCGCAGAGACAUGACCAGGCCUCGGUCAAGAGUCUGCCUGGAUACGUUACUCCAAGUGCAAAUGGUACCGCUGAGCUCAAGUCAGGCGAUUCCCCGUCGUCUCAUUUGGCUUCACUCUCAAAUAACAAAGAGAUGGAAGCUGCAGCCACAGCCAUUGCACAGUACCAGCGACGCCCUUAUCUAGAAGAAGCAAGUCCAUAUGCAUCUAUGCUUGGAGUCGUCCUUCUUGGAGUUGGUUUAAUGGCCUAUCUCAAUGGCUGGCAAAAGAUGGAUAAGUGA